AUGGCUCACAACUCCGUCACCACCGCCUUGUCCGCCCCGGGCAAGGUGCUCCUCGCCGGAGGCUACCUCGUCUUGGACCGCAAUUACAGCGGAACCGUCUUUGCCCUCGAUGCGAGAAUUCACGUCAUCGUCCAGCAGCGGAGACGGACCCAUCGGCGGGGGACCUCCGGGUCCGGCACCGCGGCCACGCUGGAGACGCAGCCCGCCGACGACGGCAGUGUCGUAGACGACCAGGAUGCCGAAGACACCAUCGUCGUCCGCUCGCCGCAGUUUGACGGCGCCACGUGGGAGUAUGGAGUGCAGCGCUGCGAGAACGGCGGAGGGAUCCGUGUCACCCAGAAGAACGAGGGGAAACACAACCCCUUCGUCGAGACCUCCCUCAACUACGCCCUGACCUACAUCAGCUACGUCGCCGACUCUAAGGACUUCGGCGCCCUGUCCAUCACCAUCCUAGCAGACAGCGACUACUACUCGGAAACCCCCACCUCCAAGGCCUCCACCGGCCGCUUCGUCAACUUCGGCGUCCCCCUACACGAAGCCCACAAGACGGGGCUAGGCUCCUCCGCCGCCCUCGUCACAGCCCUCGUAUCCGCCCUCGUUGUCCACCGCACCCUGCAACCCGACGACCUAGGCAUCGCGCGCGAGAAGCUCCACAACCUCGCCCAAGCCGCCCACUGCGCCGCCCAAGGCAAAGUCGGCUCCGGCUUCGACGUCGCAGCCGCCAUCUACGGCUCCUGCCUCUAUAGGCGCUUCUCCCCCAGCAUCCUCCAAAGCAUCGGCGACAUCGGCACCCCCGCCUUCGAAAACCGACUCUUCUCCAUUGUCCUCGAAUGGCGCCAGCAGCACCCCGCAACAGCCACCCAGCUCUGGGACGCCCUGCAAGCGAACAACGAGCGUCUCGUCAUCUCCCUCCAGCAGCACCGCGCGCCCCAGGAAGACCCCGCCGACAACGACUUCGCCACCAUCCGCCAGCUCCUCGGCCGCUCGCGCUCCCUCCUCCGCAGCAUGACCGCCCAGUCAGGCGUGCCCGUCGAGCCCAAGGUCCAGACCGAGCUACUCGACGCCGUCUCCGCCGUGGAGGGCGUCAUUGGCGGCGUGGUCCCCGGUGCGGGAGGCUACGACGCCAUCGCGCUGCUCAUCCGCGAUGACCUCGCUGUCAUUGAACGUCUGGAGCAGCUAUUCGCGGGCUGGAAGAGCCAGGUCGAGGAUGACUUCGGGGGCAAGAUCGGCACGGUGCGGUUGCUGGGCGUGAGGCAUGGCUCGGAUGGGGUGGUGAAUGAGUCGGUGGAGCAGUAUUCGGAGUGGAUUUAA